GAGUUUUCAUAGAGUGGCCAGAAAUUGGAGAAGGAACCUGCAUUUGUCAGAGGCUCUUUCCUGAUAGGCUCUAUUUAUUAGGAUUUUGUAAUCCCACAUCCACCUAAAAAAAUAAUAUCCUGGCCUUGGGAUGAUAUAGAUGGAAGAAACGCCUGAAAACAGACCUUAUAUUUCUAAGGCUUCUGCUGCUGCAGGGAGAGAACAUUGUCUGCUGAAGCAACAGUGAUUAAUUUUCUUGAAAGAUGGAGAACUGGGUCAAGCAGCAUAGCCCAGAGAUUUGUGCCCAGGUCGUGGCCUUGGCUGAGGAUUUCCUGCUGAGGCAACGAGAGACGGAGAGAUGGGAGAAAAAGGUGAUGGUUGAAAAUAUUUCUGAUGUGGAGCAGUCUCCAUCUGACACUAAACAGGAACAGCACUUUAAGAAGGAAGAAGAGGAAGAUACAGUCUCACUUGCAGGUGAUGAACAGGUGAGUGAGGAUGAAGAAGAAGAUGAGGAGGAGGAGGAGGAGGACAACCUCAAUCUAGAAGAGUCUGAAUCAGAUGAACUAUCUUUUGGAGGUGACAUAUCAUGGAGAGUUGCAGAAGCAUCUGGAAGUCACCAAAUCCCAGAUAUAAGGGAAGAUGGAAAGUACGUAGAGAAAAGAUUCAAUAACUCUAUGCGAACAUAUGACAAAGGUAACUGGGAUCUGAAAGAACCCAGAGUCCCAGCAAGAAUCUAUAACUAUGGGGGAGUGAGGAUGUGCAUGGACUGUGGGAAAACCUUCAAGCAAAGUUCAAGCCUAUAUAGGCACCGGAGACUCCACACUGGAGAGAAACCAUACGGGUGUCCGGAGUGUGGCAGAAACUUCAGCCGCAAGUCGCACCUCAUUGCUCAUCAGAGGACCCACACGGGGGAAAAGCCCUAUGACUGCAUGGAGUGUGGGAAGAGCUUCAGCCGGAAGUCACAUCUCACCACCCAUGAGAGAAUCCACACUGGGGAGAAGCCAUAUAAAUGUGGGGAGUGUGGAAAGUGUUUCAGCCAGAGUUCAGCCCUUGUGGCUCAUGAGAGGUCCCAUACUGGCGAAAAGCCAUUCACUUGUCCUGAUUGUGGGAAGACCUUCCACCGGAGAUCAGGUCUCUCAGCACAUGAAAGAACGCACACGGGAGAAAAGCCAUACAGAUGCACAGAGUGUGGGAAAACCUUCAGCCAAAGCUCUGGCCUUUUGGCCCACGAGAGAACCCAUACAGGAGAGAAGCCGUAUAGAUGUAGCGAGUGUGGGAAAAGCUUCUGCGAGCGCACUGCUCUUGUCCGACAUUUGAGAACUCACACAGGGGAGAAGCCGUACAGUUGUGCUGAGUGUGGAAAGAGCUUCAGCCAGAGUUCAGGUCUUUUGGCGCACGAACGGACCCACACAGGGGAGAAACCCUACAAAUGCUCAGAUUGUGGGAAAAGCUUUGGGCAUCGCUCUGACCUUCUCAGGCACCAGAGGAUUCUUAAAAGGGGGAAACCAUACAAAUGCUCAGAAUGUGGGAAAAGUUUUGGCCGAGGCUCCGACCUCCUUCAGCAUCAACAGAUCCAUACAGGGGAGAAGCCCUAUAAAUGUUCAUAUUGUGGGAAGUCUUUCAGCUGGCGGUCAAACCUGAUUAAACACGAGAGGAUCCACACAAGGGGGAAAACGUUGAGCGGUGUAGUCUGAGUGUGCAAACGCCUGUCUUCAGAUGUAAAGCAGUCCAGGCAGAAGGGCCACUGUGUCAAAUAUUUAGACCAUGGAAAUUUUAACCACAGUCGGAAAUGACUGCUUGCUCCCUGUCAGUAAAUAGAAUAGAGAGAUUUUCACAAAGUAAUGAUUUCAGGAGCAACUUCAGCUUUCAGUUGUAUCAAUGGAGAAAACAUUUAUCCACUGUUUUUGUGAUUCUACAGUCACAUCUCUCAUAUUUGUGGGUUCAACAUUAUUCACCGAUUUGAUUAAUGUGGUCUUUCUAAAAAUGUCUAGAUCAGAUGUGUCAAACUUGUCUCUAAACACAAUAUAUGUAUAUACGUGUCUGUCACAUGUGUCAAGGACCGUGGGCCGAAUCUCCCGCCAUGUCAAUUUAUAUGAUCCUCCAGAUGCUGAAUGACAACUUCAGUAUUCUUCAUCAUGAGAGAUCUAUGACUAGAGUUGAUGAGAGUCAAAUUCAGUAACACCUGGAAGGCUGAAGUUUGUGCUCUUUAAUCAAGAGAGUGUGGUUUGAAUUUAGAUACAAGGCUUGUGGAUAAGAAGUCUGCAUCAAAAUGUUCUUUAAUCUUUCCCUAACCUACAAGAACUAUUGGGUUGCAAUUCCCAUUAUCCCCAGUUCACAUGGCAGAUAAUAUAAAGCAAUUGGAGUUGUUGUUCAAUAUUAUCUGAGAUAAAAGCGAAAUAGCAGACUACUAUAUAAAACAAUUGUAGUUGGCCCUCUUUAUUCACUGAUUUUCCGUCCAUGAAUUCAAAGGCCCUUUGAAGGCAACCAUAAGGCUGAUCUGACCCUGCAUGAGAAUUAGUCUGACACCCUGGUGUAGUACAUCCCAAGGGUCUGAAGGCUAGUUUGGCUUUGCUAGCCCCUUGGCCAGCCACACCAGUACACUUGUGGUAACCAAAAGUUGCAUUUUGUCUGACUAGAACAGUGGUUCCCAACGUUCCUAAUGCCAUGACCCCUUAAUACAGUUCCUCGUGUUGUGACCCCCAACCAUAAAAUUAUUUUCUUUGCUACUUCAUAACUAUAAGUUUGCUACUGUUAUGAAUCGUAAUGUAAAUACUUGAUAUGCAGGAUGUAUUUUCAUUCACUGGACCAAAUUUGGCACAAAUACCCGAUAUGCCCAAAUCUGAAUACUGGUGGGGUUGUGGGGGGAUUGAUGUUGUCAUUUGGGAGUUGCAGUUGCUGGGAUUUAUAGUUAACCUACAAUCAAAGAGCAUUCUGAACGCUACCAACGAUGGUAUUGGACCAGACUUGACACACAGAACUCCCAUGACCAACAGAAAAUGCUGGAAGGGUUUUGUGGCCACUGACCUUGAGUUUUUGCGUUAUAGUUCACUCCAGAGAGCACUGUGGAUUCCAAAAAAUGAUGGAUCUGGACCAGACUUGGCACAGAAUACUCAAUAUGCCCAAAUUUGAACACUCGGAGUUUGGGGGAAAUAGACCUUGACAUUUUGAAGUUGUAGUUGCUGGGAUUUAUAGUUCACCUACAAUCAAAGAGUCCUUUGAACCCACAGCAACGAUAGAAUUGGACUAAACUUCCCACACAGAACCCCCAUGACCAACAUUAGGAUUUGGGUUCCUAAGACCAUCAGAAAUAUGUGUUUUCUUAUGGUCUUUGUUGACACCUCUGAAACCCCCCUCACGACCCCCCCCCCCCCGGGGUCCUGACCCCCAGGUUGAGAAGCUAGAAUGUGUUUUUUUCUGUUGAGGGGACUAACAUCCAAAGUCCAAAAUAGUCCUUAUAAAGUCCAUUUUUGGGUGAAAACGGGGCAGAGGGAAUGCUGAAUUAGGAAACAAUGGAUCCAGUGGGCCAAGAGCCAUGCAGGAUGUCACAAGGUCCACAGAACUCCCAUCUCUCAUCUAUUCGUAUGUCCUUCAUUCAAAUUACAAUUAAGCCCAACCUAGUAAUAUUGAUGAUGCAACACAUUUUCUUAACGAUGUUGGGAGAUAUUCCAUUAUAUUUAAACCUUGUCUAUAUAGACAUGCACAUUUGCAUGUUUGUUUUUUAUGGCUUUGAAUAUUCACCUUUUUUUAAUUAAAAUGUUCUACUUAGGAAUUUAGUUCCUCCACUGGAGCUCUAUAACAGGCAUGGGCAAACUUCGGCCCUCCAAGUGUUUUGGACUUCAACUCCCACAAUCCAAAAUACCUGGAGGGCCGAAGUUUGCCCAUGCCUGCUCUACAGUCAUCUACUUCUGGAAUUGACCACUGAAAGAACACCUCCCUAGAACGACUCUGUGUUGAACUUUUACUGCAGAUUCCUAGGGAGGUAUUAAUCUUGGAUACUUUAAUAAUAUAUUUUUUCUGAUUUUCACAGGGGUUCUGUGGCCUUAACCCCAGCAAAUAUGGAGUGCUGAUUACACUUUUCCCCCCCUCACACUGCCUUCAAUCCUUAUCCACCCCACAUGUUUUUGGAUAGUUGUUUUCCAUAUGUGUGAUAUGUGGAGGCUUUAAAAGCAGCCAAGUAAUGGAUCUGCAUGAAGAAUUAUUUGGGGGAGGGAGAGAGAGCGAGAAAGAGAAUGGGUAAAGUUUUUAGUACCCAACAUCUCUGUAAAUAAUUAUCUGUAACUAUAUGUUUUAACGGCGCUCCAAUGCAGUCACGCCGGCCACAUGACCUUGGAGGUGUCUACGGAAAAUGCCGGCUCUUUGGCUACAAAAUGGAGAUGAGCGCCAACCCCUAGAGUCGGACACGACUGGACUUAAUGUCAGGGGAAACCUUUACCUUUACCUUAUAUGUUUUUCCAUUUGAUUAAUCGCUUUAUGCUAAAAGCAGUGCUGGACAGUGUCUUCUGUGUUUGUUACGCAGUAAAUCUGUUCUUGGUUUCAGCCUGGACCUUAAAGGAGUUCUCCAAGGUGCUGAUCUCUAUGACCUCCAUAUGUUAGGCAUCAUAGCUCAUUGAAAGUUCAAACCAAAACUCAGGUCACAUUCACAAUUCUCCUAUCAGCUGCCACUAAAUAAACUCUUGGUUGACUAAUCUACAUGUGGCAUGGACAAACUUCAUCCCUUCAGGUGCUUUGGACUUCAACUUUAACUGGUAUGGUUCCAUGCUUUCGAAUCAUAGGAGUCAUAAUUUGGUGGGGUACAAGCCUUGUAAAACUACAACCCCCAUGAUUCCAUAGCAUUGAGCCAUGCCAUUUAAAGUAUGAUCAAGCUGCAUUAAUUCUACAAUGUAGUUGUAUCAUUAUUUUUCAAGAUGACAUAUCCUCAAGAACUUGAGAUGCAUGAUCUCCUGCCUUUGCAUCUGAUACAGUUCAUACAGAGGGGCAAACUGACUUGCCACCUUUUAGUCUGUCAUCAAGAGGAAUGACAUUUUCAUGAAAAGAGCCAUUUGUUAAAACUCGAAGUGGGGAGUGAUGUUGGAUAUCCAAGGCAAGAAAGGGCUGUGGGGCAAGGGUGGGAAAGGGAGACUCGAAGAGAAGAAAGUUAUUUCAGUAACUUCAUAAAAGAAAUUAGUGUUUUGGUGUAAUUCCCCCCCCCCCCCCUACAUAUUUUUUCUUUCCUGUGACACUGUAAAGAAACUGAGCCAUAAAAAUGUUUCUCUGUGUUUUUUUAA